AUGUCGUCCCAAGUAUACAGAUCAACCAGAUCUGACAAGCCAGAAGAGUUAUCAUUUGAAGAUGUUGUAAUGACUGGGUUGGCCCCUGAUGGUGGUCUCUACUUACCGUCGGAGAUCCCCAAAUUACCAUCUGAUUUUCUUGAUACAUGGAAGAACUUGUCGUUUAACGAGUUGGCAUUUGAGAUCAUGAGAUUGUAUAUCAACGAAAACGAAAUUCCAAAUGCUGAUUUAAAAGACUUGAUCAAAAAGUCUUACUCAACUUUCAGAUCGGCAGAUGUUACACCAUUGAGGAAGCUCGACGACAAGUUGUACUUGUUAGAGUUGUUUCACGGGCCUACAUAUGCGUUUAAAGAUGUGGCCUUGCAAUUUGUCGGUAAUUUGUUUGAAUACUUUUUGACAAGGAGAAACAGUAAAAAAGCCGAGGGAGAGACAAGAGAUAUCAUAACAGUUGUUGGUGCCACCUCCGGUGAUACGGGUUCGGCUGCCAUUUACGGAUUGAGAGGAAAACAGGACGUGUCUGUAUUUAUCUUGUACCCUACAGGAAGAAUCAGUCCUAUACAGGAGGAGCAAAUGACUACUGUUGAGGACUCAAAUGUCCAUACUUUAUCGGUCAAGGGGACCUUUGACGAUUGCCAGGAUAUAGUCAAGCUGAUUUUUGGUGACAAAGAGUUCAAUGACAAGUAUCAUGUUGGUGCCGUCAACUCAAUCAACUGGGCAAGGAUAUUGGCACAACAAACCUACUACUUUUACUCCUUUUUCCAAUUGCAAAAGAAAGUUGAAGGAAAAGUGAGAUUCGUUGUUCCAUCAGGAAACUUUGGCGACAUCUUGGCUGGGUAUUACGCGUACAAGAUGGGCUUACCAGCUGACAAAUUAAUCAUUGCUACUAACGAAAAUGACAUUUUGGACAGGUUCAUGAAGACGGGAGAGUACGCAAAACAGCAAGAAGUGGGUGUGAAGGCCACUUAUUCACCAGCCAUGGAUAUUUUGAUUUCCUCUAAUUUUGAGAGGUUAUUGUGGUACUUGAUAAGGGACAAUGUAGCCGAAGGCAAUGAUGAAAAGGCUGGUGCUGUAUUGAAUGACUGGAUGAAGCAGUUGAAAGAAAACGGCAAGUUUACCGCCCCACAGGAGGUGGUGGAAAAAGCCAGAUUGAUCUUUGAUUCUGACAGAGUUGACAAUGAGGACACAAUCGAGACCAUCAAACAGGUUUACUCAACCAGUCCAGAAAAAUACGUUAUCGAUCCACACACAUCUGUCGGUGUCAAGACAUCUCACAGAUUUAUCGAAAAAGACCAUGAACCUAUACAGUACAUAUCACUUUCAACGGCCCACCCUGCUAAGUUUUCGGAGGUUGUCAACAAAGCCCUUCAGGGUUUUGAUGGUUACUCUUUUGAGAAGGAUGUGUUACCAGAUGAGUUGAAGCAAUUGAGCACCAAGGAAAAGAGAAUCAAACUUAUUGACGAACCAAGCAUCGAGAAGGUGAAACAAGCUAUUAAAGAUGAAUUAAAAUUUUAA